GAAAGGGAAAGGACAGCGCGAACUCCGAACCGGAAGUUUUUGUAUUUCCUUUCCGCCUCUCACGGACGGUUACCACGAUCAGUAACAGUUCCGUUAAUUUACCUAUUUGAUCCCUUAUCACAAAGAAUACAAUUCAAUGACACACGGACUUACUGGCAGUUAAUUCGCCUCUUGAUAAUAAUGCUUAAUAUUUUAUUGAGGCCAACGUGAGCAGCUCCCGCCCAGCUGUCAUGGCGGCGCCCGUGGCGGUCCAGGUCCCCGCGAUGAGUAAAAAGCAACGCUUGGCUGUUUUGAAGAAGGAGAGAAGGAAGCGUAAACGUCAGGCUUUAGCCCAAGCCAGAGAAGGCGAUGGAGAGCGGCCUGAGGAAGAGGAAGAGGAUGAGGAGGAGGAAGUUGUCUGUGAUGGGGAAGCUUCUGUCCAGGAGAGACAGCGGCACCAUGAGGAGUGGCUGGAGAGAGAGAGGCUCGCUCAGGAGGCCUUCCAACUCCGGGCCGAGAGAGAGGAGACUGCCAGGAAGAGGCAAGAGGACGAAGAGCGGAGAAUAAAGGAGGAGUGGGACACCCAGCAGAAGAAGGAGGAGGAGGAGAAGGAGCACAAGCAGCAGGAGAAGAAGAACAGAGAGGAGGCUGUUCAGAAAAUGUUGGACCAAGCAGAGAGUCAGCUCAGUAAACCGGUUCAGUGGAUGAACCCCGAGGCCCCCAAGACGGAGAACUCUGAGAACUACGGAACCGAGCGCGACGGGCAGAACUGUCCCUUCUUCCUGAAGACGGGAGCGUGUCGAUUCGGAGACAGGUGCUCGCGGCGGCACGCCCACCCCCCAUCCAGCUCGACCCUGAUGAUCCGGGGGAUGUUCGUGACGUACGGCAUGGACCAGUGUCACCGCGACGACUACGACACGGACGCCUCUCUAGAGCACAGCGAGGAGGACCUGCACGACCACUUCCUGGAGUUCUACCACGACGUGCUGCCUGAGUUCCAGAGCCUCGGACGCGUGGUGCAGUUCAAGGUCAGCUGUAACUUUGAACCACAUUUAAGAGGAAACGUUUACGUCCAAUUCAGCACGGAGGAACAGUGCAUGGAGGCCUACCAGAAGUUCAACGGGAGAUACUACGCGGGCAAGCAACUCACCUGUGAGCUGUGCCCCGUCACACGCUGGAAGAACGCUAUCUGUGGGCUCUUCAACAAGCUCAAGUGUCCGAAGGGGAAACACUGCAACUUCCUGCACGUGUUCCGUAACCCGGGCGACGAGUUCUGGGAGGCGGACCGCGACAUAUCCCCCGACCGAACGGGGGAGGGCUCCCGCCGGGGGGGGUGGGGCUCGGAGCGGAGGAGUGAGCGGUCCUGGCGGAACCAUCGCCACGGCAGCAGGAGCCCGCCGAGGUCGGAACGCUCCGGCACGGGGAGGCGGGGCAGUGAGAGGAGGGGGAGUGAGAGGAGGGAGAGGAGGAGGAGCCAGAGCAGGGAGAGCGCUCGCAGUCACAGGAGAGUGGAGAGCCUGCGGAGUGAGAGUCAGGCGUCCAGAAGGAGGCCUGCGAGCAGCCGGGGGGAGCGCUGUCGGAGCCGCAGCCCGAGUGGCGGCCAAGAGAGGGACAGACUCGGGAACAGGAGCAGGGAACGGGAUCGAGAGCGAGACAGGAGUAGAGAGCGAGACGGGUCUCCGGACGGAAGCCCGAACGGGGACUUGCGGGGCGGCGGUAAAGACGGGGAGAGGAGGCCGAAACGGGAGAGGAGCACCCGUCGGAGCCCAGGGAAACAGAACCACGAGGACGGAGAGGGGAGGGACGGGAGCUCAGACGACGGCAACCCCUCGCACCAUCGCCAUAAACGCUCCAAAAAGAGCAAGAAGAAGAACAAAAAGAAACUCAAGAAGAAGAAGAGGAGCCGGUCGGCCGAGGUGAUCAGUUCCUCCGGGGAGUCGGAGAACCAAGACGACGCGGACGUGGAGAUCAAGGAAGAGACGUCUCCCCCGAACACCGGGGACGGUGUCCUGGAGGUGUUGUCCGUCGGGCUGAGGCCUGACCCGCGUGUUGAACCUCUGGCAGCCGAGUCGCAGUCUGUUCUGGAGGAGACCGCGGAUCCCCCUGAGCUGCCUUGCCAACAGGAGGAAGAUGACGUUAUCGAUGUCAAACCACAGCUCUGAUGGCUCUCUCUGUACAUAAUGGUUUUUUUAGUAAAGAGGAUUGACAGAGCUAGUGCUAGAUUACAUAGCAUUUAGUGAAUAAAAAAUAAUUUGAAAACAG